CAUAGGUUUUACUUGCAGCUCAACAGACAAGUUACCGAUUUCGAAUUUGUUUCUAAUUUAUAACACAAAAUUGGCAGAGUUGAUAUAUAGGAUCGAUGGAAGUGCCAGUGAAGGGCAUUCUUGGUAUAUUGGCCACAGCUGGAUCCUUUUUUGCACUGGGAGCAUACUACCAGCACAUUGAUGUCAUGCGAAAAAUUCGACGAUUGGAGCAACGAAACCCACAUGCCUACUUCAUCAGAAGGAAGCUGUACGCACUGCUGGGAAUUUUCGCUGUGCGAGCUGAUAACGCAGAAUUGGACGUGGAUCCCGAUGACUGCCACAAGCUGGGCGGGAUCAUGAAGUACGGCUUCCCCAGCACCAAUGAUAUCACCCUGAACGAGACAUUUGACUUUGUGACCUCCUUCGAUCGAAGAAACUCCGCGAUUCUGUGGAUGUGCGAGCGGGUAGAUCUGUCCAAUCGCGUCGUCUACGGGGAUUCCGCAUCCGUGGUAGCAGCUGGAGCAUUCAGGCAGUCGGAGGCAGCUCGGGUGUUUUUCCUGUCCAACAUAAAACCAUUUCUGAACAGAGGAUUCAAUCUCACCGUCUGGGAUCGAUUGCUGCAGUACGUCCAUGAGAUGAGCCAAAGACAUGGAACUGUGUAUACCUACACCGGAUCGGUGUACUUGCCACGUGAGCUAAAGUCGAACAGUUGGUUCCUGGAGUUCCAGUCGGAAGAGAGGACCAUGGUGGCCGUGCCCACCCAUUUCUUCAAGGUCCUGGUCAUAGAUCAGAAGAUCGAAGGCGAUACCAUUCCCUAUGCGGAGGCCUACGUGAUGCCCAACUCGCCGCUGAACAACAAUGUCGAACUGAAGACCCUUCUCAGCGAUGUCCGGGAAAUAGAAAACGCCACUGGCCUACGGUUCUUCGAAGGACUCGACCGCAACUUCGUCAACGUCCAAGUAUCCAGUUCAAUAGUCCACCCAGUAAAUGGUCCUUUAACAAGCCCCUUAACUUUGCCGGGGACCUUGGACACUCGAAGUGCUAUCUCCCCCAAAUAGAAUCUAAAUAUAUGUACAAAGAGAUAGUGUUGGCCAUGAUAAAUCCUUUAGA